AGGAAAAGUCUAGAAAAAAGGUUAUCAGCAGCUCAGAGAGAUCAGAAACUUAUUGAAGCUGCUAAAGAAGAUACAGCCAUGCGAAAAGACAUGCUUGAAUGCUUCAAGGAUUCGUCAACAACUACGGCUCAUUCAAUGGAAAAUAUGUCUUCCACACUUAAAGAAAUGUCCCAAGGUAUGACUCAAGCUAUGGUGCUACUGGCAAAUGCUUUUAACCGACCACGACAACCUGCCCAGCAUCACCCAGGAUUUAUGCCUUAUCAUUUCAAUCAGCCAAUAUCUUUUGGUAGUGGACAUAAUCAACCUGUUUCCUAUCCAAUUCCAGAUGACCAAGAAAAUCCCUUAUUUGAAUUAAAUUAA